GAGACAGCAGGGCCCGCCCGGGCCCUGCCCUGGUGUAAUUUGCCACCGGUGCCUGCCUUAAGCGUGGCCCUUGUUGAAAUUCCUGGCCUUUCAUUUGUUGCACCGUCUUGGUCUGCUUGGCUACCCUCACUGCCAAUUGCGGGUGUUGUCCUCCUGGAAGCAGCAGGUCCCAGCAUGUGAUACAUGUUCCUUGUCAGCGGGAUGGAGCGUUGCAAAAGAGUUGGACACCUGCUUGGAUUGAGAUGGAGAAUUACACGCAAGAGUUGUGUUCUCAGCUGUCCUGGGCCAUUCAUUUUCGGGGAAACCAUUGGCAGACUUCUCUGCUGGCAUUUCAGGCGUCUCUCCCCAUGAGAGCAGAACCGAGGAAGAAAAAGAAAGUAGAUCCAAAGAGAGAACAAGCACUAAAGGACCGUAUGAAGAAAAGGAUAAAAAAGAUGGAAAAAGCUGCCCAGGAAAUGAUUCCCAUUGAGGAUUUUGUAACACCAUUCAAGUUUUUGGAUGCUUCAAGAGUGCGAGAGAUCUCCCCACUGUCCUUUGAGGAGAGUGAAAGGCGAGCCCUGCUCCUGAAGAAAUGGGCCCCGUACAAGCAGAAAGAACAUGUGGCAGAGAUGGAAACAUUGAAGUCUCUUAUGGCAGCUCAGCAGGAGGCACUAGAGGAAUUGCGUCGCGAAUCAGAAGAACUUUACCAAGCAGCAAUAAGACGAGAUGAGGACCUGUUUCCCUUUGAGAAAGAGGGGCCUAGUUACACACCACAGGUUCCUGGCUAUGAGGCCCCUGAAGGGAAAUGCAUCGACAUUACCAAAGUGUACAAACAGUGAGAUCGGAAGCCUCUGCCACGCAGGUGGCAGGAGAUACUCAGUGCAUUAAAGGAGGACACAAGGGGAUGCAACUAGACUAUUUCUUUUGCUUUUUCAAACAUCCCUAUGCACAUGGCUGUCAAAAGAAAAUAAAAACACCACCUGUCCUUG